GGAGAAAGAGCAAUGCGUCACGGGUGGGUGGGGGUGUUCGUGUUCGUAUCCACGCAUACAGUCAUAGUAUAUACUCACUAUGAUCCUAACGCGCUCAUUCCGCUCCCCCGCCCCGCGUCGCGUCACAUUCAGCGGGGCUGCCCGCGAUACAACUAUUGAUUUCGUCGCUCUCCCUCCCUCCUUCUCUCCCUCUCUCCAUCACUUCUUCUCAGCUUUUCUUCAAGUGCUGCAGAGAGACGCGGCUGCUGCUGCUGCAUUGUGAGGAGAGAAAGAAAAACGCUAAAGGAAGAUCCGCGUUAACGCGUUCAGAAAUCUGGAGUCGCAUACAGUCGUUUCCUUCUCCUCUGAGUGAAUGAAGCUGUCCGUCAGAAGGAACCGCACACAUCACACACAUCUCCUGUCCAAAACCUGUCUCCAAACCACACAAACCGUUGAUCUCGUCCUCUGAAACUCACCUUUGAUUCCUGACUGCUGAAAUCAACAUCUGCAGUCACCAAACAGCUAAACUCCGCACAGAUGGAGGACCCCUACAGAGACAGGACGUCUCUGGUUAAAGGCGCUCGCGACAUUGCCAAGGAGGCGAAGCGCCACGCCGUCAAGAAGGUCAGCAAAGUGGUGGAUCGCGCUUCAGACGAAUACUCCGGCCGCAAUUACAACCGCUUCGAAAAUGACGAAGACGAGGGCGCCGACGACGAUGGUUACUAUUAUCAGGACGGCCAGGCUCAGCGAGAGGAUGACGAGGGGUCCAGCGACGCCACCGAGGGCCACGACGACGAGGACGAGAUCUACGAGGGCGAGUAUCAGGGCGUGCCUGCAGGGGGUGGAGCCACGGAUGGGCGUGGCCAGCUGCCGACGGAUGGGAUGAAGGACAAGCGAGAGCUGGAGAAGGAGAGAGAGGCGGAUGAGGAGGAGCUGGCACAGCAGUACGAGCUCAUCAUCCAGGAGUGCGGACACGGACGCUUCCAGUGGCAGCUGUUCUUGGUGCUCGGCUUGGCGCUCAUGUCUGACGGGGUGGAGGUGUUCGUGGUGGGGUUCGUGCUGCCCAGCGCUGAGACCGACAUGUGUGUUCCCAACUCUGGAGCCGGGUGGCUGGGCAGUGUGGUGUAUCUGGGAAUGAUGGUGGGCGCGUUCUUCUGGGGCGGCCUGUCAGAUAAAGUGGGCCGACGUCAGUGUCUGCUGGUCUGUAUGUCAGUCAACGGCUUCUUCGCCUUCCUGUCGUCCUUCGUUCAGGGCUACGGUACCUUCCUCUUCUGCAGGAUGCUCUCGGGCUUCGGGAUUGGCGGCACGGUUCCCAUCGUGUUCUCGUACUUUGCGGAGGUUCUGGCCCGUGAGAAGCGCGGUGAACACCUGAGCUGGCUCUGCAUGUUCUGGAUGGUGGGCGGGAUCUACGCCUCAGCCAUGGCCUGGGCCAUCAUUCCACACUACGGCUGGAGUUUCAGCAUGGGUUCAGCGUAUCAGUUCCACAGCUGGCGUGUGUUUGUGGUUGUCUGCGCGCUGCCCUGCGUCUCUGCGGUCGUGGCGCUCACAUUCAUGCCAGAAAGUCCACGCUUCUACCUGGAGGUAGGAAAGCAUGACGAGGCGUGGAUGGUUCUCAAACAGAUUCAUGACACAAAUAUGCGUGCGCGCGGAGAGCCAGAGAAAGUCUUUACUGUGAACCGUAUAAAGAUCCCCAAGCAGCUGGAUGAGCUGGUGGAGAUGCAGUCGGAGUCAGCAAACCCUGCGGCCAAAGUCUUAUUCAGGAUCAAGAGCGAACUGCGCGGAAUCUGGCUCACGUUCCUGAAGUGCUGGGAUUACCCCGUCAAGGACAACACUGUGAAGUUGGCCGUGGUUUGGUUCUCGCUGUCGUUCGGGUACUACGGUCUGUCUGUCUGGUUCCCUGACGUCAUAAAGCACCUGCAGGCAGACGACUACGCAUCCCGCGUGAAGAUCCACAACGACGAGAGAAUCGAAGAUUUCACCUUUAAUUUCACUCUGGAGAACCAGAUCCAUAAAAACGGAGUGUUUAUUAACGACAGGUUCAUUGGCAUGAAGUUUAAGUCUGUGACUUUCAUCGACUCCACCUUUCAGAGCUGUUACUUUGAGGACAUCAGCUCCAUCGGUUCUUUCUUCAAGAACUGCACCAUCAUAGAAGCGUUCUUCUAUAAUACAGAUAUCGAUGACUCGAAAUUCAUCGGUUCCUCUGUGAUCAACUCCACGUUUGCGCACAACAAGACCGGCUGUCAGAUGACGUUUGAUGACGACUACAGCGCGUACUGGGUGUAUUUCAUCAACUUCCUUGGAACACUAGCCGUGUUGCCAGGCAACAUAGUCUCCGCCCUCCUCAUGGAUAAAGUGGGCCGUCUGAGCAUGUUAGGUGGCUCGAUGGUGUUGUCCGGCAUCAGUUGUUUCUUUCUGUGGUUUGGCACCAGUGAAUCCAUGAUGAUAGCAAUGCUCUGCCUUUAUAAUGGACUCAGUAUAUCGGCCUGGAACUCACUGGACGUGGUGACGGCCGAACUGUAUCCCACCGAUAGGAGAGGGACUGGCUUUGGCUUUUGUAAUGCCAUGUGUAAGCUGGCCGCUGUCUUGGGGAAUCUAAUAUUUGGGUCAUUGGUGGGAAUCACGAAAUCCAUCCCGAUCCUGCUGGCGUCGUCUGUGCUGGUCGCCGGAGGCCUGGUGGGUCUGCGGCUCCCCGACACCCGCUCCAACGUCCUGAUGUGACCCCACCACACCUGUGACCUCUGACCCUGAGUCGCCACGGAAACACGCAGGACACGCUCAGGGUGCAGGUGGAGGCGACUAUGACAUGUUUGCUUUAUUUAUUCAUUUAAAGUGUGUUAUUUAUUCAUUUAGAGAGGUUUAUUCUCUUUUGACUUGCCCAGUUUAGAUUAAAACUAGAUUUUGAUGCCUUUACUGUAAAUCAAAUGUUAUGAUGUUAUGAAAUGUAAAAACAAAAAUGUGUUGAAAUCUGUUUUUGGACUGUGAGUUUUUGAUCUAAUCUGGGUGGGCAGAAUUAUUAUUUAAAAUUAUUUAUUUAUUUAGAAAAUUCAGCUAUUUAUUUACAUUUUUAUUAUUUUAUCUGUAUAUUUUUAGCUGAACACAAAAAAAAAAAAAAUUCAGGUGAUUUUAAUAUUUUUUUAUUAGUUCUAAAAUUAAAACACUUUAAUUUUCUUGAAAUGAUGCUUUUAAACUCAAACGAGAGUAAAAAAGGCCAUUUAGAGAUGUAGACAUUAGCGAUAACAGCUUUUAUUGUUAGCGUAGGUCCGAUUCUCCGGUGACUUCCACCGAAACAUUUCUUAAACAAGGCGAUAACGCUUAUCCAGUUUACAUUUUCUGCUUUUUCUAAUGAUUUAGCUAGCAGAAGAACACUGACACGCUUCGACUUCAUUCUUGCCUUUGUGAAUUUUGUCAUCGAUCUAGCCGAAACGGACUUCAUUUGGUGUUUGUCUCUCUCGGUUUAAGGGUUAAAGAUGUCUUGAUAACCCUAGUUCUAGCUGCUACGCGUCCAUGUGCAAACUCUUCCUCGGAAAACUGAAUGGCCUUUGCUUCCUCUCCGUGCCUCCUUCCUCUAAAACCCCUGCCGUCGGCUUCUCGUAGGUUGUAGCGAUCCAUCGUGCAGCAGAACUGAGCGCGUGUCCGAUUUCUUUUGGAAUGCUCUACUGCUCCAGUAGGUGGAAAUAUGUUGUGUUUCGCCGUUUCAUCACAUUCCACUGGAAGUUCGUACAUGCAAUUGUGCAAUAUGACAGGACGUGAUACUGUGGAAGCUUGUUUCCGCCAAUGAAAAAAGUAAAUAAAGGUAAUUACGACUUUUUAUCAGACUUUUUUUUGCUAUUGUGAGGUAUAAAAUCAGAAUUGCGAGAAAAAGUCUAAAUUGCGAGUUUAUAUCUUGCCAUUAUGAUUUUAUUUGUUGCAAUUGAGAGUUUAUAUACCACAAUUCUGACUUUAUAACUUGCAAUUUCAAGAAAUAAAUUCAAAAAGUUUUUCUCGCAAUUCUGACUUUUUCUCAUAAUUGUUAGUUUAUAUCCCGUAAUUCUGACUUAAUAAGUUGCAAUUGUGAGUUUAUAUCACAAUUAUGAGAGAAAAAGUCAGAAGUGCAAGUUUAUAUCUCACAAUUCUGACUUAAUUUCUCACAAUUGCAAGUUUAUCUCGCAAUUCUGUCUUUUUCUCGUAAUUGCGAGUUUUUGUCUCAUAAUUCUGACUUUUUUCUCGUAGGCUAAUUGCGAGUUUAUAUCACACAAUUCUGAGAAAAAAUCUGAAAUUCUGAGUUUAUAUCUCGCAAUUCUGACUUUUUCUCACAAUCGCAAUUUUAGGUCUCGCAAUUCAGAUUUUUUUUCUCGCAAUUCUGACUUUCUCACAAUUGUGAGUUUAUAUCUCACAACUGUGACUGUAUUGCAGUUCAGAUUUUUUUCUUGCAAUUCUGACUUUGUAAUUUGCAAUUGUGAGUUUAUAUCUCACAAUUCUGACUUUAUUUCUCACAAUUGCAAGUUUAUCUUGCAAUUCUGACUUUUUCCUCGUAAUUGCGAGUUUAUGUCACGCAAUUCUGAGAAAAAGUUUACAUCUCGCAAUUGAGAUUUUUUUCUCGCAAUUCUGACGUUUUUGCGGAAUUGUGAGUUUAUAUCUCGCAAUUAUGACUUUCUUUAUUGUAAUUGCAAGUUUAUAUCCCGCAAUUCUGACUUUGUAACUUGCAAUUGUGAGUUUAUAUCGUGGUUAUAUUCUGAAGCCAGAUUUGCGAGAUAAAAAGUCGCAAUUAACUUUUUUUUAUUCAGUGGUGGAAACAGGCUUCCAUAUGAUACGGCCACAUCGUAGAAAAUAAUAAAAGCCAUUCAGCCUGGUCUGAUCUUGAUGACGUACAGGCCCUGCUGCUGCUGUCUACGUGCACUGAAGUACACUAAACACCAGAAACAUAAUCCACAAGUACACUAGUCUGCUGCGUCAAUGCUGAGACAUUUCAGAUGGAGUCUACAUUCACGUACUUGCGUAUAGAUAUGUUUCUGGCCUAAUUUAAUGAUAUUUUAUUGUGUAUGUCGGGAAAGUAAAGAUAAACCUGUUUUGAACUGAUCAUGGGCGACAACAUUUGCUGUACACGUCUAAAUGUUGUAAAGUGUUGCCUGUUGAGUUGAAACAUUAUUUUUCAUUGUCAGAUGUGAAUGCAAAUGUCUUCUCAUGUGUAUGUGUAGAUAUUGUAUAUGAACAUUAUUUUCUGUCUAUAGAUGUUUAUUUUGGCUGGUUGUGUGAUUUUUGUGGUGUUAUUUGAGCUAACAAGAGGAUUCGGUGUCAUACAGGUAUUUUUUCCGCAGAUUUUUUUUACAAGUUUGAACAAAUUGAGUUCAUGGGAGGAAUAACUUCAAAGUUAGGAAAUGUUGGUUUGGUGCAUCUGUUUAUUUGAACUGUUUUGUUUUUAUAUUAAUUUCCGAACAAAUUUAAGUGACCUAUCUGAAAAAUAUAAAUGAAGCGUAAUAUCUUGUGGUUCGAUACACCCAUGCAUGUGCAUACUGAGACUUUGUGUUGCAGUGAUUUUGUCUGUUGUGCUUUCGCCAUGAGUUUAUUUCCUGAUUUGAAAGAUGAAUGUAUAAUUAUUGUGAGCGUGUGAUGUCGUUCUGAAAUGGGUUUUGAUUGGUUGUGGAUCUGGCAUGCCAACGACACGUCUGCCGUCAAAUUCAUUUUGUCAAAGUGUCUGUGACGUCACUGGCCAAAUAUCUCUGAUAUCUGAUUUUAUUUUGAAAAGAGAGAAAAAAGUGCCAUGUACAGUGUGAACGGAAACUGAGGUGGAUUCGGUUUGGAUCCAGAUGUACUGCUAUU